AUCAUUCACUCAUUUUACUGUCAAAGUGGGGAUGACCAAAAUUUGGGAGACAGGGUUUAUUUUGGGGGCGUAAAAAUAAAUUUAAACACAUAUUUUAUGAGAUUAUGUAUGCAAUUGAAUAAUUAUUGCAUAUUUACACAUUUUUCGACAUGGCGCAGUCCCAAUUCAGCUCUGUUGAUGAAUAUGGUUUUGAGCGGCACGAUGAUUUCGACUUCGAAAGCUACGAAGAUUUCAUGUCAGUGUACCUGAAAGUUCUCGCUACGCGAGCACAAAAAUGGGCUGUGCUGCUUGGGGAAGGAAAGUCGGUCAAACGCACAAACACCGUCAAAAGAUAUGUUCGCAAAGGUGUUCCCAGUGAACAUCGUCCUUCAGUGUGGAUGGCCAUAUCAGAGGCUGAAAAGAUGAGGGAACAACACCCUGACUUAUACCAAAAGAUAUUGGAUGGCCCAUUCGAAAAAGAGCUGGUAGACCUGGUUAAAACUGAUUUGCCACGCACUUUCCCUGAUAACAUUUUUUUUACAAAGGAAGCUAACCACCAAACACAUCUAUUCAAUGUUUUGAUUGCAUAUGCACACAAUAACAGAGUGGUCGGUUAUUGUCAAGGGCUGAAUUACAUUGCAGGUUUACUGCUGCUGUCUACAAAAAGCGAGGAGAUUUCAUUCUGGCUUCUCAAAGUGCUAGUUGAAAAAAUUCUGCCUGACUAUUACACCAAAACUAUGGAUGGGCUUAUUGUGGACAUUGAAGUGUUAUCAGAGCUAGUCAAAUCUAAAGUACCUGAUGUUCACCAGCAUGUGAUAAACCUAGGUUUACCUUGGGCUGUUAUUACCACAAAAUGGUUCGUGUGUUUAUUUGCUGAGGUCCUGCCCAUAGAAACAGUUCUAAGAAUAUGGGAUUGCCUCUUCUACGAAGGAUCAAAAAUCCUAUUCCGAGUUUGCAUAACUCUGAUCAAAGCAAACCGAGCUGAGAUUAUGGCUUGCAAUGAUUUUACAUCACUGGCAGAAUGCUUCAAAGCUAUUGUUAAGAAUGCCAGUGCCCUGCACUGCCAUGAAUUUAUGCAGUCAAUUUUCAAAGUACCUGGGACCUUGUCCAACACUACAAUUACUAAGUUGAGAGCGCGCUUCGCGAAGCAGCGCCGCGAACAGCAACAGAAAGAGCCUCCUCGAUGAACUAACUAAAGCAUUUUGAAGAUUUGAUCUCAUUCUUACUACCAAACAAGCAUAAUUAUUACUACUUAUUUUGUUACACUCUGUUAAAACUCCAUCUUGCAAAUAUUAAUACAAGUUUACUGAAAAGAACAAAAUAUGAACAAAAUGAAACCAAAUAUAAAUAAAAGUUCUCAACAAAACCACUACUAGUUUUAACAUUCCUGUCGCAGGGAUUUGAUUGACUAAUAGUAGAGUCAAUAAUUUGUAAAGAUAAUAGUUUUAAUAUUAAUCUUAUUGAAAAAUACCUACCUUGUAUUUGGAUUUUUCUGUGAGCUUAUAUUAGAAAAAAUACUAUAAUGAAAAUCUGCAAUGUUUGAUUUAGUGAAAAAGUGUUCAAGUCUAAUAUAGACCUUGAUUUUUCAUAACAUCUUUUUGAAACUAUGUACGUACUUUCUACUACUAUAUUUAUAUACUAUCUAAAGUAGGUAUACAAAGAGUGCUGAGCUUGCAUGUCUAUACAGAUUUUAUGAAAAUUUGUGUAACAAUUUGUUAUUUUUAAAAAAAUAAUAUACACAAAAAUAAAACAAUCUUCAAAUCAUAAAAUGUUGUUAGUUAUUAAUAUUAUUAUUGAAUUAUUUAGGGAUCAGUAUACGUUAGUUUCUGCGUAGCAUUCAAGUAUUAAUAUAAUGUAUUAAUUAGAUUUUUAUUUUUCGAUUUACAAUAAUAGUUUAUUAUUUCUAUGCAAAUUGAGAUAAACAGUUUUCCUGUAAAAUUCAAUUACUUAUAGAGAAGGGUAAUGUUUAUUGUUACAUUGAUCUAUCUUUUUAAAUCAUAAUCUUAUAAGUACUUGCAUGUUUGUUAAAAAAUGACAUUAAUUUUAAUAAAAUCCUCACAGUAUCUAAUUGUAAUAAGUAUGUAAUUUUAGCAGAGACUAAUAUUAUGUGGCAAGUGAGAAAAAAAUAGUACAUAUAUUUUCCUUUUUUCUGUGACCUAGCCUUUGACAAUAAACCUUGCAUAUCUGUAUGUUAGCAUCAUAGCAUGGUCCUGAUAUACAUAUUUAUUGUUAGGCAUAGUUAUUAAUUGUUGCUCAAUGUAAUUUUUUGCUAUAUAAAAUUUGUUAUUUUUACUAUUUAAAAUAUUUUUCGCUUCUUGUUGGCCAGGUAGGAGAAACUAUGUCUGGUUGGUCAAUGUGUAGGUUUAGGGACUUCAUGUGUAAGGUCUGUUACUCUACAAUAGCCCUCAGCACAUUAAAACUUUAAGAUAGCUUUACAUUAUGUAAUAUUAUUUUUGUAAUUUUCAUUCUUUGAAGUUGGUGUGUAUAAGAUUAAGAAUUUUGUAUGCUGCUGCCCAAGUUGAUUCACUGUGCUAAGAGUAAUGUAAUGCCAUAAUAUCUGUUUAAAUGUGCGUAAAUGAAAAUAGACUAUUGAGAUGUUAA